AUGCGCCGUAGGAAUGCGAAGACCGUAACAUUUACGAGCCCAACAUACAUAGAAGCAUCUGACAUAGAGUUUUCGACGGAUGACGAACUGGAUGAAGUUGCUUCUUUGACCGAUGCGGAUGGAUUGCGAGGGGAUGUUGACGACUUACAAGAGAGUGAACAUGAGGACAUUGUUGUCGAGCCUCUCCGACCGAAGUCGCAAAGAGACAAGGCAAGCGAGGAUUUGGAAACAGUACACGAAGCGAAAGAAUCUGAUCGGGCCAGCCCCGAAAAACAACGAUCUAGUGCUGAGUUGUUGGAGUCUGAAGAUUCAUUCUUCAAGGAUGACACUGUUGAGACGAAGAAGAUCUCUCUUACACCCAACCUCCUCCGCGACGAGGUUGGAAGUAGUAGCGUGGCUAAUGACGCAAGAGAGGUAGGAUACACUUCAUAA